UGCACACAUGCGCGCGGCGCGCCCCGGCCCCUUUGCACAUGCACGUCCCGAGCCAAGGGAGGGGCCGGCGGCGCGCAGCUGGGGCGCCUCCUCGCUGGCUCUGCAGGCACCCGGCAGCCGCCUUCGCAGGGGGACCCCCAGCCCGCCCCUCCAGCCGCCGCUGCCCGCUUCUCCCGCCUCGCCGCCGGCGGCGCGCUCGGCGGGACCGACCAUGCCCAAGAAGAAGCCCAUGCCCAUCCAGCUCAACCCCGCGCCGGACGGCUCCUCCAUCAACGGCACCAGCUCCGCCGAGUGA